UUCGAGAAUCGAGAUGCCAAUCAACUACAUCCGGGACAUUUGUGAGGUAGGAAGGUUAUGCUGCUUUCUCUACUGCCAGCGAGGAGAUGAAGCCUUUAUUGAGUUUACUGUUUGUUAUCUUUGUGACGAUUCCAUGUAGUGGCGUUCCAGAAGGUGUCAUUGAAUGUUCUCACUUGGAUAAAAAUGAUAAACACUGCACUAUAAAUUCUGGACCUGGAAAAAUAUGUAACCAUACAAAAAGCUGUGAGCAUGGAAGUGGCUGUUUUGCCCUGUGGAAAAACUCAUCUGGUGAAGUGAUUUAUGAAAAGAAAGGAUGUUGGCCGAUUAGAAGUUGUCAUGAUAAAAGAGAUAUUCCAGAAGAUUGUAUUGGGACUUACAACCCUAACAGUAAUCUAUAUUUUUGCUGUUGCACUGGUCACCUUUGCAAUGCAAAUAUCAGCAACAUUACAAGAUUGAAGUCUGAACAUCCAGUAUCCCCAUUAAGCAAAGAUGAUGUCCCAAGUAGAAAGGAAGAUCCAGAAUAUUUGCCAAAGUCUCUUUUGUAUUACAUUCUGGUACCGGGCUUUGGGUUUUGUGUAGUCAUUGCCGUUAUUAUUUAUUUAUGGAGGAGACACAAGAGAAGUUUGAUAGGACGACAGAUGAGGCUGCCGGCCUACUCACCUCCUCCCUCCCCUGCGAUUGGUUCACACCCAGUGCAGCUCGAAACGAUGAUUGCCCAAGGACAAUUUGGAUCUGUGUAUAAAGCGAAAUCAAUUGAUAAGACUGUUGCUGUGAAGGUUUUCGCUCAGCAAGAGCAUGCUUCAUGGGUAACAGAAAAAGAAAUUUAUACAAAGUAUGAUAUGUCUCAUUGUGGAAUUUUGAAGUUCAUUGGCAUUGAUAAAAGGAAGCACAAUAUUGGAUUCCAAUACUGGAUUAUUACUGAAUACCAUAUGUAUGGCUCAUUGUCUGACUACCUGAAAAACAAUGUCCUCAGUUGGGAGCAGUUGUACAGAAUGCUUCUAAGUAUGGUCAAUGGACUAGCCUUCCUUCAUUCAGAUGCCCCAAACAGUGUUUUGCCAAAGCCUGCUAUCGCACAUUGCGACUUCAAAAGCCGUAAUGUUCUUGUCAAAUCUGACCUUACUUGUUGCAUUGGUGAUUUUGGUCUUGCAAUUGUGUGUAAAGCUUGCAUGGACCAGAAUGAGUUGAGACCACAGGUUGGUACCAAAAGAUAUAUGGCACCAGAAGUCCUUGAUGGAGCAAUCACAUUCCAACGGGAAUCAUUCAUGAGGAUAGAUAUCUAUGCUCUUUCUUUGGUGAUGUGGGAAAUGGUGUCCAGAUGCACUGCUACUGAUAACACAGAGCGAAGGGUGUUGACAAGUAGUGAGAAUCCAGACAAUUCUGAAUUUCAUUGUGUAUUUCCCGAAUACAAGCUUCCAUUUGAAGAAGAGGUUGGUCUGCAUCCAUCAAUUGAAGCAAUGCAAGAUGUUGUUGUUGACAAGAAGCUGCGUCCUAAAAUCCGUGGGGAAUGGAGGGCACACAAGGGUAUAGGUGUUAUGUGCGAGUGUAUGGAAGACUGUUGGGACCCCGAUGCAGAUGCCCGUAUCACAGUCCACUGCGUGUUCGAGCGGCUCAUUCAACUUAAUCAGGCGACAGAAAUGGGGAACAUAGCAAACAUGUCGGCGUCAAGUAAUGACGAUUUAGCUUCUAGUGGAAUUUCAUUGUGGAGUCUGUCCGAAGGAAAGGAAUCAACUUGCUAGCCAACACUUUUGUUGCAUUUUUACCAAUUAUUAGAUGAAAUAUUGCCUAACGGCUUGACAAUUUAUAGUCUCCUUUCGGCCGUCGAGUAGGUGAUCUGUCAAAAAUCGAGAAGUUGGACUACGUGGACGGCAAUAAGGUAUGACGGAUACAAAAAAGGAGGCUGGCAGAAAUUUGAAUGCAAGUGUUAAGGAUAUCACUGUGUUUGCUCAAGAUAGUGGAUCUCCAAGGGAUAGUAUCGUCCUAUGCCAGUUUGAAGGGUUGGUGAGCAGAUUGUGUGUUCUAAUGUGGUUCAUUUUAAAAACAGCUCAUGCCGCUUCGAAUAACGUAUUCGGGCGAUGAUCGCGAGAACAUUUUUGGGUUUUCGUGAUGUUUUAGGCAACUUAUAAUUGCUGGUUUUCUUAGAUAUUAUUUCAAUAAUCGACCUGUUUAUUCAAGCAUCUUAUGGCGGUGAUAUACACGAAGAUGGAGAAUGACCCUCGCCUUAAAGCAACUUUACUUUUUUUAUGUAAAUUUCACUUUGUUGAUGUUUUUUUCUACAUUUGUAUUAGAGCUUGUCAUUUUAAAAUCGUGUAAUCUUAUUUAAUUUUAUUUACCUAGGCUUUUAAGUGUCUGAAUUAACUGACAACGCCACUUUUUUCCAAAAAAAUUUCCCUCGAUCCAAACCAUAUUUUAACUUCCAUGACCGAAGCCUGAUUCCCUUUAAAGGACCUUUUUCGAGUAACAUGAUGGUUCUAAACCAGUCCACAUUGCGUCUGCUGUCAGAUUUGUUCUAUUUAAACGCAUACUGUGUCGCGUUUUUCAAUCAUCCCCCACCUCCCCCCCCCUCCCCCGAAAGAAACUGUAAUUAGCAGACUAGGAUUAAGAUAAUGCUCUCGACAUCCCUUUUUCCUUCUACAACUUUUAUCACAUGUUACUAUGUAUUAUGAGCUAUGCUUUUUCUUUAAUUGAAUUUCUCUAUUAAGCAUCUGUAAAUAUUAUUUUUAUCGUUUUAACUUUGAUUUUCAUUGUUAUAGGUUUUCUAGAUUUAGCUAGUGUCAAAUAGCCAAUUCAAAAUCAACUUAAUCAAUCAUUUAGAACAACAAUUGAGGGUCUAGCCUUUAUAAAGCUAGCUAGCUAUUAUCAAUCCUUAGUCAGUUGCACCCCAGUUCAACUUCAAAUUUGUCCUUUAGUAGAACAUUAAACAGGAACUACUAAUUCUUAGGCAUUCGAAUACCAUAAUGUUGUAUGAUAACUUUACAUAUCAUGUUUAUUUGGAAUGGCUACUAUCAGCCAUGUAGUCGUCCCCAAAGUCAGCUUUCGGUUACACUUAGGUUUGGCUCCUUUGGUUUUAGAAAUAAAGUCAGAAAUGAGUUGUUCUAGAGGUUAUUGCUCUCUGGUCAAUUUCAUUUAAAAGAUGCAAGCGCUUUAGAUUAUUACUUGUACGCGAAAUAAUUAAUUGUCGAAAAGAUAUAAGCGCCCAGAGCAAGUCCCCAAUGCUUGAAGGUCACAACUAGUAGCGUAGUGUAGAUGAGGCAAGAGGGAGCGGACGUGUUCCAAAGGGUGUGACCCCAUUUUCCCUUGCUCAACUCUCCUUUGCAUCCCCAAUCCUGCCACCCUGGCUAUGCUACUGCUCACAACCUCUAUUAAAGAAGGAUAUAUUCAGAGGCAGAUCACGACUACCGUUUGCAACUAUCAGACUUGGGGGUGUACCAGAGCACCCAGAUUUGAUUAACCAACAGUGGCUACAACCUUAAAAUCUUAUUAACUAUGUUUUAUUUUCUAUAUCCUAUUAGACAUUUCUCGUAUUUCAAACGCAUUUAUGUAGAUAGGAAUUAGCUGUGUAAUGUGUAUAAUAGUAUUGUGGCAUCAUGUUGUUUUGUGCGUCUUAAAUAAACGGUUAACUGAUUGCUUGAUUAUUUACCCUUAGUGUAUCUGUUCAAAGAUAUGUAUCUUGUAUUUAAGUCGGUUGUUGCAUGAUUCAGGAUUCAAAA